GAAGGGAGGAAGAGAGAAAAAUGAAAUAAACAGCGAAGAGCCUGUGAGAAGAAGGGGACAGCUUUGUUUACAGUCUUCAUCUGAGGAGGAGGCAGAAGAAGAAGACCUUGGUCCAGAUGUGAUGGGAGGACAGAUGUGGAGGUCUGCUGGAUAUGAGAUAAACACGUAAACAAAGAAUCUGCUGUGGAAACGGAGGAGGGAGAAGAUGAAGCUGAACGAACGCAGCGUGGCGCACUACGCCACCUGUGACUCGCCGCCAGACAAGACGGGCUUCCUGUUCAAGAAGGGGGAGCGCAACACGGCUUACCACCGGCGCUGGUUCGUCCUGAAGGGUAACAUGCUUUUCUACUUUGAGGAGCGCGACAGCAAAGAGCCCAUCGGCGUGAUCGUUCUUGAAGGAUGCACCGUGGAGCUCUGCGAGUCGGCGGAGGAGUUCGCCUUUGCCAUCAAGUUCGAUUGUGCCAAAGCACGGGUGUACAAGAUGGCAGCUGAGAGCCAAGCGGCCAUGGAGUCGUGGGUGAAGGCGCUGUCGAGGGCCAGCUUUGACUACAUGAGGCUGGUGGUGAAGGAGCUGGAGAGGCAGCUGGAGGAGAUCCAGGAGGCUGCAGGUGGUAGCUUUGUCGGAGUUGGAGGCCCGCAGGGCAGGCCUAAGACCUCCAGGCGAAACCAGGUGGCACGGUCCAGGUCUGGAGCGUCAUCUUCUUCAUCCUCUUCAUCCUCCAUAUCCUCAUCAUCAUCUAAUGCCCCUCCCAUGUCAGGCCAGAGGAGCCUCCAGGAUGAGGUGCAGCUCAUCUCUGGCUGUUCCAGGGAGAACGGCGUUGCGUGGAGCAAACCAGCGGCUGCCUUGGCUAACGGCUUCGUGGAGGGAGCCUCCUCCUGCGUGGCCUGGGAGGGCUGCGCAGACUCUGGGAAUGUAGGUGGUUAUGGGGGCGAUGGAGUUCGGGCUCCACCGGUGCCUCCCAGGAGGAGAGGAGCGUCUCUGGAAAGCCCCGUCUCCCCCGGAACCGGCUGCUUCUCCAAACUGCAUGACUGGUACGGCAGAGAGGUGGAGGAGCUGAGGGUGCAGUGGCUGCAGAGCCAGUGAACUGACGGAGGUGGACCAUGUCUUUAUUCCACAGGUUCUCCAUUCCUUCCUGAUCAUUCUGCUCUGCUUCUGAACCCAACAGAGAAAACAGAAGCUUAAUUGUGAAUUACAGUCUUAUCUCCGUUAGGAAAAAAAACUACAGCUAUAAAUUUUGAGAUCGAUUCCAAAUCUUGUCUGGCACAGGGGAAGCAAUCCGUCUUAAACAUUAACACUAUCCUUCGUACAAUCCAAGAAACACAACAUUAGCUCCGUUCCACAUCAAGACAUUUGCCAGCGACGAUAAAAACGUUAAGAAUCCGACGUUCAAAGUGGUAAUCAUCUAUUUAAAAUCAUCACGCUGCAAAGACCUUGGCCUUGAUUGGUCUCGUAGUCGGUACAAUUCAGAAGAAAAUAUGCUAUUAUAUCGUCCGUGUUCCAGUUUCUUCCUCCCGUGUAGCUCCUAGAUGUCUUGUGCAAUUGUUUUGGGGCCAUUUAAGCUCUAAGAACCUUGAAAAAAGUAACGUUUCCUUUUGUUGUACAUAAAAAAAACUACUUUGCCAAGCAACUGGGCGAUACAGUAAACAAUCUGAAUCACCGUGAUUAAGUGCAUUUCUAAUGGAAAGAAAAUGCCUGAGAUGGUUUCUGUGUCGUCAAGGCCUCGUAAAUAACCACGUAGAGCAGGACAAAUCCAUGUAGAUCGUGUUGUUAUGACACGUAAACCGCGACAUACAACGGUGAGGCUGACACUAAAUGCCGUCUGAGUGUAGCGCUGAAGCUGUUUGGUGCUUUUCUGAGCUAAAGAAAACAGCUUUUUUACCAUCUAAUGACAGCUUUCAAGUUACACAUUCCUGAUGUUUCCUGCAACUUUCAACCACCUGAGAUCACUCUAAUGACCUGUAGCUCAGCGAGGAUACUGUGGGAGUAUGAGAACAAGCUAGUCCGGGUUCUCCUCCGUUCUCCCACCGGGCCGCCGCCGCUCACCCUCGCGGUUGCUGAUGUCAGAGCAUCCUCUCGACGGUCGCCGGGGACCGCGGCGGGAGCCGGAUGUCUGGCUCGGAGCAACGCACCCUUUAUUUUUAGCCCUUGUUAGCCAGCGGCCAGAUGAUGCUGUGUCAUGAGAGGGCUUGUCACUUAGUUCUUCUGUCUGCUUUUAGUAGAAGAGUUCAUCCUCGAUCAUUUCACUUUGUACAAUCAGAAUCAUCCUAAUUGUUUGCACCAAGCCUGAAUGUUAACAGAUGAGUGUCGGCCGUUACUGUACGUGACCACCUAACCUCUUGGUUUUUGUAUAAAUAUUUACUGUUCCAUGUUGGAAAUGAACACUAACAGUCUUUACAGCGAUUCCUAUAUCCAAUCAUAGAGCUGUUUUUCUUUUAUACGUGCCUUAUGUUAUCUUUAUGACUCUGUUAUAACCAUCGCCACGUGACUACAUCGAUGGGAGGGACUGACUCAUCCUUUUUUUUAACUGUACUGCUCUUUUUUUUCUUUUCUUUCUUGCCAAAGGCUCGUCUCGGUGCAAUCACUUUUUUGACAAUGGCUCGGUUGCUUCAGUCUGCUAUCAUUACUGUUACACACUCGGCUUGUCCCGAAACAACACCGUGGGAACUACGGUGUGGAUUGUGUUGUUUUUUUUUUUUUUUUUAAAUGCCAGGAUUGAAACUGAUCUAAAAUGAUCAUCGGUGCAUUUACAGCUCCACAUGUGUAAUCACAGACUGAACAAAUGUGUCAAAUUAACCAUGUCAAUGAGAAUAAUCUUUUAUUCCAAGAGUGCCAAGUGAAGAAUGCAAGCUAAAUGCACAGUAACCAAUUUCUAUUAUUAAUUCUAGUAACAUUUUUCAACGAUAUACUGUAAAUACGACAUUGAAUAACCAGUAAUAUUUAAUACAUUGUCCUACUAUGGUACUCUGAAAUGACGUUUUUGCUGUAAACCACUCAAUAAACAAUGUUCUUAUGGUA